CCACAACACCGCAUCACGUACACCAUGGCUGGCAACGCCCCAGAUCUCACAAUAAACCACAGAACUCGUGCGCGGCCCCGCGGAAGAAAAAUCGUCCCGACUGGGAAUCCACCGGUCCUGCCGCUCCACCUCGAUCAGUCAGCGGGGAGGGAUUCCGGAGAGCGCGUGCCGCGAGCGUGAUUCGUCCUGCCUGCGAUCAGCUGAGGUGCGGUAUAAUCCCAGGGACACUGAGCUGACGACAGAAAAUUGUGAGAGCUUCAAGAGGAGCUGGGAUGACAGCAGUGUGUGUGUGUGUGUGGAGCACCCUCCUUCCCGUCGCUCAGCGUCCCCGUCUACAGUAUGUGCAGGGAAUGAAAGAAGACAGAUCUCAUCAUCAUGAAGCAAUUGCAUGAGCAUCAUCUGCGUGUGUAUUGGCUUAAGGACAGGGCAGCAGAAAGUCUGCCGGCCAAGCUUGAUAUCUCAGUCGCAGGAUCGUCUCACUCCCGUCUCAAGCGCACUGAUACGGGACAUACUGCACCGGAGAGCUAUGGACUGACCGACCGCAAGGAGCGGCCGCAGGGGAGUUCGGAGUCCCCCGCUGCGGCUGCACUUUGUGUAUGUUAUCUCUCUGAUGUGAAGGUGCUUAAACUGUUGGUUGGGCUAUCUUACCUGGAUGAACACAAACUCUGCAUGCUCAGCCAGCAUCCGAAUAUCCUUGGACGCUACGCAGGCUCUUCCUCACGCAUGCAGUUUGAUCUUCGCGGCGUGAACGCGACGCAUCGGGCAGAUUGCUAUUAUCGACCGGAUUCACUCCCUCACGAAUCUGCCUCCCCUGCAUCUCCAACCCACGCCAUCCUACCCAUGAUCGACUUCCAGAGCCUCCCGCGCGACGAGAUGGAGGCCAUGUGCACCCCGCUGCACCUCAUCCUCCCUCCCCCGACAACGACAGCGGCACGCGAUCCCGCGGCGCCCGGGCCGUCCUCCGGCGGCGCGCUGUACCUCGGCUCCAUGGCCGCGGUCCUCGAGCCCGACACCCUGCGCGCGCACGGCAUCACGCACAUCGUCCAAGCGCUCGAAACGCCCUGGGCGCCGCAGCCCGAGAUCGACGACAGCGACGCCGUGCCGGGCGGCUCGGGGCGGACGAAGUUCGUGUACCACCGCAUCGACAUCGAGGACGACGCGGCCGCGCCGCUGCAGCCGCACCUGGAGGACGCGUGCGACUGGAUACGAGACUCGCUGGAGGUGGGGAACGUCCUGGUGCAUUGCCAGCAGGGCGUCUCGCGCAGUCCGUCCCUCGUCAUUGCGUACUGCAUCCGUGAACGACACAUGUCGUACGACGAGGCAUUCGCAGCCGUCAAGAAGGCAAGGCGGUGUAUCAAGCCGAAUGCGGGCUUCGUCAGGACGCUGAGGGAGUGGGAGGGGAUAUGCCGUGGUGUGGAGAAAGAGCAGAUGGACCGAAAAGCAACUGAACGAAGGCGAGACGCUGCCGCCGAAUCUCGAUACAACGAAAGGACUGCCUCCGGGACCGCAAGUAGUACCCAGACUUUGUCAUCACACACGGCUUGAAUGACACACUUCAUGCUCCGAAAACACGAUGAGCCCGUUGCUUCAGCAAUCCAAUUCCGCUAUCAAGAACCAGCCAUGAACCAUCGAGCGUCCAGCAGGGUAGAUUUCUCCCAAAGGCCUCGUAGACAUGUCACGACCAGAGAGUAAGCUUGCAAGGCAUGCGCGACGCCGGUAAAUGCGGAAGAGAGCCGGGCUGAAAGGUAUGCUGACCUGAUCGCCAUGCACAAGACUGAGCCGUAAAGUAUCUUCGCGAUGGAAUAAACUCGAGUGGAGAUCCUGUCCAAGGCGAACGUGUAUCUCUCCAUGCGUUGUGGUCUUGAGUUCCACGUCCUCCUCGAAGCAACGUUGCGCUAUCUCGAUCGCACCAUGCACCGUCUCUGCACCGUCCAUGUGCAUAUCGAGAAACGACACGGGCGUUUGUAGCAAUCUCAGCAUCCGUUCCCAUGUGCGCAACCCCUCCCGAUAAACCAUCUCAGGUUAUCAGCUUAGCCUGUCCCCGAUCUCGAAUUCGCAGUAGAGGUCAGGGCCGUGCGCGGCACCAUGCGAUACUUUCCCCUAGCGUCUCUGUGACUGGGUGCGGGGACGCGGUUUUCAUAUAUGCCAAGCAUCCUGGGUUGUUGAGCAUGCUACAAGUCCACAGAAAGCCGUUCUCGGCUCCGUUCCCUCCCAAUAAACCAUCUCAGGUUAUCAGCUUAGUUUGCCCCCCACCGCGAAGUCGCAGCACGUGUUAGGACCGGGUAUGGCACCACGCGAUAGUUUCCAGCCCAGCGUCUCCAGAAUCGGGUCCGGAGAUGCAGUUUUCAUAUCGACCAAGCAUCAGGAUUGUCGAGCAUGGCCAAGUCCACAGACAGUUGUUUCGGCUCCGUCCUAAUCCCUUGCAAAGCAUGAUCUGGGCGCUACCGAAGUUGGUAGAGCGGAGGGAUGAUAUUCUAGCCCCGAUGGAUCAUUUCGCCAGCGGAGAUGGACUGGGGUCGUGCGUUGUACGGGGGCGUGGUGUGGGCGUGCUUCGGAAGGCCCUCGCAUCUUGAGCGGAAGGAAACAGAAACGAUCCCCGGAUCACUUGGGUACCGCAGUCGAGUGAAGAUCCGCCGUUCCUGGUCCAAGGAUUGGAUCCACACCGAGCAAAUGCAUGGGCUAAUGGAGCUCGACGGAUCGUCGAUGUAUCCACAUAUCUGUCGUGACAGAGACCUGAUCUCUUCAAAACUGCGCGCAUGUGCCUCCAUCGACCCCUCACUCCACAUGCAUUCGCCCCAUCCACUGAUCAGCGGCGCGGUUCGCCGGUGUGGGCAGCGCUCUGCGUCCAUGAGCAGCCUCCAACACUUCCUUGCCUCCUCCUCGUCGGUGCACCAGCGGACGGUCAUCGUCACUGGCGCAGGACGUGGGAUCGGGAAAGCCGUGGCUCUGCGUCUGGCGCGGGACGGCUACGACGUCACUGUCAACGACCUUCCUACCCAGCAGCCAUCCAUCGACACCACUGUCUUGGAGAUCCGUGCCCUCGGUCGUGCCGCGCACGGUUUCGCAGCAGACGUGACGGACGCGUCCGCCGUCGACGCACUCGUGGCGUCGUCCGUGCAAACCCUCGGCCCGCUAUCCACCAUGAUCGCAAACGCCGGCAUCGUCCAGGUGAGACCGCUGCUAGACACCUCAGCAGACGAGGUGCGGCACAUGAUGGACGUCAACCUCGUGGGUGUGCACAACUGCCACCGGUCCGCGGCACGGCAGAUGCUUGCUCAGGGCACGAAAGGGAAGCUGAUCGCCGCCUCCAGCGUCGCGGCGUUCCGCUCGAGGAGCCUGCGCGGGACGUACUGCGCGUCCAAGUUCGCGGUGCGCGCGAUGACGCAGGCGUGGGCGGAGGAGCUGGCGAAGCGCGGGAUCACGGUGAACGCGUACGCGCCGGGGAUCGUGGACACGUCGAUGUGGAGGAAAAUCGAGGCGGAGAUGCGUGCGUAUGGCGUGGGCGAGGCGGCGGCGGCGGCGGAGAGCGGCGGUGCUGUGCGGAAGACGGGGGAGGAGGCUACGUCGCUGCCGCGUUUGAGUGUCCCGGAGGACGUGGCCAACCUUGUGAGCUUCCUAGCAAGCGAAGAAGCGGAUUGGAUCACCGGGGAAACAUAUAUUAUGGAUGGCGAGGCGUUCGUGUAGGAUUCAAUACAGGUUCUGUUGAGGGCUAAGUAGUGGGCACAGCUCAAGAGGUGGCUGUGAGCACAAUUUGUCGUAGAUUUCCACGAUCAUUCCACGAUCACGUGAAAAACGC